UUCUAAGAGGAUCCAAAGGGGGUCCCUAUAAAUAUAUGGAAGAACUCCUCUGCAGACGAGAUGAGGGGUACUCGUGAAGAUCAAGUCACAAAAGAAACCUUCCAGAAUCAUUCUUCGUGACGACCUCAACUUCCUCUUUUCCAGCCUUACCGGGAUUGCAGCGAAGGUCUAGAACUGGAAUCGUCCCGGCCUCCGUCGCUUUUUCCGCUGGUCCAGUCCUGACGUCAGGCCUCAGGCCAACCAACACCAACAAACCAUCAUCCCAUUGUCGAAUUCUAAAAUCCUGAAAUCCUUCCAUUCUAUACCAGCAACCAAAAAAACACAAUCUCUCCAUCAUGGCUCUUCUUUUCAUCAAACAAAAGCUCUUCCCCGGAAAUCAACAGAAAGCUUCCAGCCCAUUCGGCAAGCCGUUGUUGUCCAACUCCGAAGCCGAUGAGAUCUACGUCAACCGCGACUUGGAGGCUCAACGCUCCUACGACACUUUCCGCCCUGAAUCCCCCGUCUCGGAUGUGGACAGCACAAGCACCAGCACAAGCUCCCGGUCGCGCAUCAACCCGCGCAUUGUCUCCGAUGCCAUUCUGGGUCUGUCGGAUGGAUUGACCGUGCCGUUCGCCCUGAGUGCGGGUCUUUCUGCUCUCGGAAACACCAAGGUGGUCGUGCUGGGUGGCUUGGCCGAGCUGACCGCUGGUGCCAUCUCCAUGGGACUGGGCGGUUACGUGGGAGCCAAGAGUGAAGCUGAGUCGUACGAAGCCACCGUCCGCGAAGCCAAGGAGCUGAUUGCUUCCUCGCCCGCCGAAACCACAGCCAUUGUCCACUCCAUCUUCUCCUCGUACCGCCUCCCCGCCGAAGUCAUCUCCGAGAUCAGCCACUCGCUGCACGCCUCGGAGGAGCGUCUCCUGGAGUUCCUCAUCAGCUUCCACCACAAGGAGUCCCAGCCCGACUGCAACCAGGCCUGGAUCUCGGCGAUCACGCUUGCGCUGGGCUACUUCGUCGGCGGCUUCAUCCCGCUCAUCCCGUACUUCUUCGUCAACCAGGUCAUCCUCGCGCUGUACAUGAGCAUUGGCGUCAUGGCCGUCACGCUCCUGGCCUUCGGGUACAUCAAGACGUGUGUCGUGCGCGGCUGGACCGGACGCGACAACAUCGUGGCCGGUCUCAAGGGCGGAGUGCAGAUGGUGUUUGUGGGUGGUGUGGCGGCGGGGGCAGCCAUUGCUCUGGUGCGACUGAUCGACGCGGGAGAUGUAUAACCAGCCCGAAGAUUGCUUUGCGACCCGUCUGGCCAACGCCAACCUUCCUCUCGACCUCUCAACCUCUCGACCUCUCAACCUUGUCUUCGACCACCAAAAAGUUCACUCACGCCAUAAUGACAUGUACAGAUAUAUAGAUACCACGGAUAUAGAGCCGGCGUUAAUGCUUCCAUACACCAUCAUAAUGAAUAUCUCACAUAUACUCCAUAGACC